AUGGCGUUCCCCAGGCCCAAGCCCACCACUAUGGACACGCUCACCAUGGAACGUGCGAACCCGCCGUUCAAUGUGCGCAAGCUCGCCAUCCUCCAGGAGGGCUCUGAGCGUGCCCUCGUCCUCAAGGAGAAGUUCAUGGCUGAGCUUGCUCGUCACCCCGCCUUCAAGAACAGCGACAUCCACGACCUCUCCAAGGACGAGGUCCGCGAGCGCACCAUGGAGAAGUUUGCUUCCAUGGUUCACUUUGUGACCACCGAGUCGCUUGACGUCUUCCAGCUCCGCAUGCAGCUUGUUGGUGUCGCGGACCCCGCCUUCUGGACCCGCUUCGGUGUCCACUACGGUCUCUUCAUCGGCGCCCUGCGCGGCCAGGCGACCAACGGACAGAUGGCCUACUACAUCGAGCACGGCGCUCUUGGCCUCAACGGCAUCAUCGGCUGCUUCGCCAUGACCGAGCUGGCUCACGGAUCCAACGUCGCUGGCCUCGAGACUACCGCCACCUUUGACGAGGAGACGGACGAGUUUAUCAUCCACACCCCUCACCUCGGUGCCACCAAGUGGUGGAUUGGCGGUGCCGCCCAGACUGUGACCCACGCUGCAGUCUUUGCGCAGAUGAUCAUUGGCGGCAAGAAGUACGGCGUCAAGACCUUUGUCGUGCCCCUCCGUGACCCCAGCACCUUCACCACCCUCCCUGGUAUCACUAUUGGCGACAUUGGCAAGAAGAUGGGCCGUGACGGUAUCGACAAUGGUUACAUCCAGUUCACCUAUGUUCGCGUUCCCCGCGCCUCGCUUCUUAUGAAGUACACCCAGGUCACACGCCAGGGCCUGGUCUCUGAGCCCCCUCUUGCCCAGCUCGCUUACGGUGCUCUUCUCGGUGGCCGUACGUCGAUGGUUUCCGACUCAUCGGUUACUGCCAAGAAGGCUCUCACCAUUGCUGUCCGCUACGCGUCUGUCCGUCGCCAGUUUGCCCAGCGUGGCAACAAGCUCGAGACCCAGCUCAUCGACUACCCCAUCCACCAGCGUCGCCUGCUCCCUCUCGUCGCCCAGGCCGUUGCCGUCGGCUUCACUGCCCAGAAGCUCAACGUCAUGUACCAGGAGAUGACCGAGGCCCUUGACACUCUCAAGCCCUCGGACCCCAACCUCCUCGAGACCAUUGAGAAGCUCAAGGAGACCCACUCGACCUCGGCCGGUCUCAAGGCCUUCUGCACCUGGGCGUGCCUCGACACCAUUGAGAAGUGUCGCCAGUCGCUCGGUGGUCACGGCUACUCGGCCUACUCAAACCUUCCCGCCAUGUACGCCGACUUUGCUGUCCAGUGCACUUGGGAGGGCGACAACACCAUCCUGUCGCUCCAGGCCGGCCGUGCCCUCGUGUCGUCGUACAACGGUGCCGUCAAGGGCGCCAAGCUCCCUCCUGGAGUUGCCUACCUGGGCGAGAAGGGCAUCUACGACGCCAAGUCGGACGACUCGCUGUCGCUGGACGACGUUGCCCGCGCGUUCUCGUGUGUCGCCGCCAACGCCGUCAAGAAGGCUGCUGUCGAGUACGGUGGCCACCGCAAGGCCGGCCUCAACAAGGAGGACGCCAUGGAGCGCUGCUCGCAGUCGCGCUUCAUCGCCGCCAAGAUCCACACCAUUGGCUACAUUUUCAAAAUGUUCAAGUCGUCCAUUGCCGAGCUGGAGAACAGCGCCGAGACCGACGUGCUCACCACCCUCGCCAAGCUGUACGGUCUCUGGCAGGUCGAGGAGCUCCGCGGCUGGUUCCUCCAGACCAGCUACUUUACGCCUGCUCACCUCGACCGCGUCCAGCAGACGGUCGACGAGCUCUGCCUCGCCGUCCGCCAGUACGCCGUCCCCCUCAUCGACUCGUUUGCGCUUUCGGACCACAUCAUCAACUCGCCGUUCGGCAAGUUUGACGGCUCCAUCUACGAGUCAUACUUUAACCAGGUCACCGCGUCCAACCCUACCCCCAAGGUGCACCCGUACUUUGACCGCCUCAUCAAGCCUCUGCUCACCCGCCAAAACGACGGCAUCGAGGACCUCGGUGCCGAGAUGGGCGGCCUCGACGAGGAGAUUGCCCGCCUAUCCGGUGCCGGCAAGAAGGCGGACAAGUGA